ACAGUGCCCACAAGCGAUUCAAGAUGGCAGCCACCAUGAAAAAAGGAGUCGCUGUAGAGGACGUCAAUGUAACUUUUGAAGAUCAGCAGAAGAUAAAUAAGUUUGCCAGAAACACCAAUCGAAUGACUGAACUUAAAGAUGAAAUAGAGGCUAAAAAGAAAUCACUUCAGAAUCUGGAGGAUGCCAGUGAUGACCUCAUGAUGUGUGAAGAUGACUCAUUGUUAAUUCCAUACCAAAUUGGUGAUGUCUUCAUCAGUCACUCUCAAGAGGAAACACAGGAGAUGUUAGAGACUGCAAAGGAGGGCCUGAAAGAAGAGGUCAAGGUUCUGGAGGGGAGGGUGUCGUCCAUACAAGAAGUUCUUGGAGGCUUAAAGGUUCAGCUCUAUGCCAAGUUUGGAAACAACAUCAACCUGGAAGCUGAUGAGAGCUGAAUGUAGUGCAACAGUGGGGCAUGCUUGCUAAAGACUUUUUACAAUGUGCACUGCACACCUCAUGUCUUACAGUUUGCCAAGAAAGCCCAGUAUUUCUGUAACAUUUUUAUGUCUUUGUUUAUAUGUAUGCUGUUUCUUAUGGGCAUCUUUACUUUUCCAGUCUGUGUGAAAAGUCAAAAGUCAAAAAUAUGCAUGAAUAGUCCUGGACUGGUGUAUAAUUAAAACAUUGAAAUAGUGGUCAAACAGUGGCCUGUUAGUUUUUGAUGCAAGUUGAAGUUCCCAACGAUUAUGCAUUUGCUUGUAUUUGACCUUUGAAUUUUCUUCUGCUGGUCAAUUCCAACAGUUAAAAAUGCAUUUCCAUCUUAGACAUCUAUUUGUGAAUUCUAUUUUAUUUUUCUUAACAAUUUUUUGCAUCCGUACAUCUGAUAAUACAGGCACAUUAAAGAAAAACAUUAGAAUUAAA